UCAUUGGUCAUCAUCAUGAAAUCCAGAACAUUAAUCUGGUUGUCAAUAACCAUCUCAUUGUUGGUAUUGUCGAUUGAUUUAAUUCAAUGCAAUGAAUCGUCAACUAAUAAUGAUGAACAUUUGAUUGAAUUGAAUGAUCAAUUAAAAUCGGUCGCAAUUGACCUGUUGAAACAAUCAUCGAAUCAAACUUUUGUUGCAGAAUUAUUGGCAAAUCAAAAUGCGGCUGCAACGCAGAUACAAUCAUAUCCUUCGAUGGAUGAAUCGAUUGGUAAAGUUUACAAACAAAUGACCCAAUCACAGAUUGAAGCAUUACAAAAUGAAUUACAACUUCAUGAUCAUUUCAUUUAUGAACCGAUACGGGAAAAAUGUACACAAAUUCAGAUAGAAUUUGAAAAAUCUUCCGAUGAUUAUGAUCAAACGCGUGAUAUUUAUCGAUUGGAAAGAGAUUUUCUUGACACUGGUGAUCAAUUAGUAUCAUUACAAAAAAUGGUGAUUCGAAUAAUUAAUUCAAAAUUGGAACAACGUUUGCGGCAACCAAAACAACAACAACAACCAGAACGACAAUCAUCAAUGAAAAAUAAUUAUGGAAUUGGUCAGGAUAUUUUCGAUCAAUUUGAUUAUCUUUGUCGAUCAUUUUUUGGUAUUCCAUUUUCAAACUUUAAAACAUCAACAUUUACACCGAUCAAUCAACUUUUGGCUCUUACGGAACGGCUACAAAUGGUCGACGCUAUACGUUUACCAACAAUGACCAAUAAUGAUGACGAUAAUGGAGGAACAUCGAAUUUGAAUGGUUUAUCAGCACUAUUACAUCGUUUACGACACACAUAUUAUCUAUAUCGUAUGGCAACAUAUUCUAAUCAAAUUAUGGAUACAUUUUAUUUGAAACCAUUAGCAUAUCAAGCAACACUUGGCCUAGUUGAUACUGUUGGUUAUUUAACAUGGUCAGAUCCAUCCAAUAAUUUAUUACUAUCACAAUUACGAUUUUUGAUACAAUUAUUUAGCGGCAAUCUUCAAUUGAAUAUUUUUGCUCAGCCAAAUUUGAUCAAACAACAAUCAUCAUCAGCUAAAAAUUUGAUUGAUCCAAAUCAAUUAAAACAAUUGAUACAAACCCUAAAACAACAUGAACAAAAACAACGUGAUCAAAUUGAACAAAAUCGUUUACGUUCAAUGAUGGAAAAAUUAAUGGAUAAUCAACAACGACAACAAUCACAAAUUGAUAAAAUUCUACAUCAUUUAGCAUCAUCAAAACAUGAUUUAUCAACAACAACAACAACAACUACCACUACAGCGAUGGAAAAACCAAAAAAACAUCCAUAUCAUCAUCAGUCGAGUACAACAACGAUCAAAGCUGGCCAUUCUAAAGCGGAGAUAACCACAACAACAACCUUACGGCCAUCCGAAUCAAUAGUGAAAGGUGGUGAUACAUUAACUCAGCUUAAACAACAGAGAAAACUAUUGAAUGAUUUGCUGCAAGAACUUCAAAAACCAUUGAAUCAUACAGAUCGAUUUGCUUGUUGUUCAUCACAUUCCAAACCACCAUCAAUGAUAAAACCAUCAAUGCCAAACGAUAAACAAAAACCAAUUCACAAUUAUAAACAAAAACCACAACAGGAUUUAGGACAAACACAACAAGCAUUGAUGACAAUAAUGCAAAAUAUAACACCAUUAAUCAAUGUUAUGGCACAAUCACAAAUGAUUCGUCCAUCGAAAUUAGAUCAAUCUAGAUUGGAUUUAUUAUCAAUUGUACAAUCCAUUAAUAAUAAUCAACAAAUAUUAUUGGAUUCAUCAUCAUCCAUUCUGGAUUUCACUGCUCCAUUCAAUGUAAUGACUAAUCUGGCCAAACGAUUACAACAAAUAUUGGAUGGUUUUAUUAACGAUCUAACUCCUCUAACAGCAAUUCGUUGAUAAUCCUCUUUUCUAGUAAAUUCUAUUAUAUUUACCGUUACCUUUUUUUCCAUUUAAUAUUUGAUUUGUUUUUUUAAGUA